UCCAUACUUUAAUUCAUUUGAUUGUGAUUUGAGUUUUCACUACAAAUUCAGUUAUCAUUUCGACACUCAUUUGGCGUCCAUUUUCACCACUCAUUCACUACUGAAUUGAACACUAGUUUGCGAUCAUUGAGUGUUUGGCUGAUUGUAAUCCAAACACUACUCCACACAACACACAGCCAUCACAACCACAACAACACAACGCGUAGCCAUUCAGUGCUGAAGACAUCGACUCACAACCAAAUGGACGACUUGGAGGACGACUGCAAUUCAAACGGCGGCGACAAUUGGAUCCAAAACCAGAAGUACACCAAUUGGGAGAUGGAGUGCAUCAACAGAUUGGAGACAUCACCCGAUUUGGACCAACAGAUCGACAUCGAGAAAGGAGGUAAUGAACACAAGCUAUGGGUGUCUUUCCAAACGGCCGCGUGUAGUAUCGCUCAACUAUAUCAGGGUCGUGAGCAACACGUGUCGGUGUGGAUGCCGUUCCAGAACGCCGCGAGUGCGGUCACCACUCUAUACAAGGAGUGCAUUGAAUCUCAAAAGCGAUUUUCUGACUUUGGUUUCCAAUGCGGACAACAAAAGCGCAAUAAAGAGCUGUUGGCGUGGCUUAAGAAGAGGAAGCGUAUGAUUCGUCGCGAAGAGUUGAUAGCGUUCCUGUCGGGCGCCACCAAUCAGAGCCAAUACGGGCAUCCAUUCCACCAUCACUUCCAUCACUCACACCAUCGGUCCUGGAAUUCGCCGAAACCGAGGCUCUCGAUGAGCGACAGCACCGGACGAUCCGCUUUCACUCGUCUCAGUCUCAACGAUGGCUUAACUGACGGCAACUCAAACCCAAACACCGAUACCUCUAAUAACGACGAAACAGAUUUGGAGACAUUUCGCGAAGCACUCGAAGGUCUGAAAGGUAGCGCUUCUUCGACUCAGUCGUCCGAUCGGAACAGUUAUCGUCAGAACAGCAGUCGUCCGAUAAUUCGUGUCUCAAAUAAUAGCAAUAAUUCAAUGGAAGAAUUGAAUGCUUUUAUAUCUGAAGAGUACAACAGACACGUGGAGUCCCGCAAACGGGGAUUGGAGUCAUCCAGUGAUGUGAUUAUGGACUCUCCCACUCAUAAGCGCUCAAAACAUACAUAAUAUUAUUGAUAUAUAAAUAACAAUUCAAAAAAACUUAUGUUUAAAUCAAUUAAUUGUUUACCUUUUUAUUUUAGUUCACAUAUCAGUUAUGG